GCUAGGACCCGGGAGAGCCGGGCCGCCACAGAGGCAUUGCAGACAGCGCGUUUGGGAGGUGUAGUGGAAGAAAGGCAAGAGAAACGGAGUAAAUGAGAGACUUCUGUGCACAUUGUUGAAGGACUUACCAACUCAAAAUACCGCCGAAACGGCCCACUGUAAUGAGACGGACACGCUGUUGAGUUCCCGCACAGGUAAACGGCCGCGUUUUCCGUCGCGUGGUUAAACUGCAAGAGGCCGACAGCCAGACAGGCUAAUAGGUUACCACCAUUGAGAGGGCGGCUUUAAACCCUGGGACCCCAUCUCCAGGCUCCUGCACAGGGCUGACUGAAGGCAGCAAGGUUGUGUCUGUCCCUGUGGGAAACCUGGAUCCUCCAUCCUGCCCACCAACAUGACCAACGUGGUGAUUGUCAAGGAGGGAUGGCUGCAUAAAAGAGGAGAGUAUAUAAAGACCUGGAGGCCAAGGUAUUUUCUCCUGAAGAGUGAUGGUACUUUUAUUGGUUACAAAGAGCGACCUCAAGAUGUGGACCAGCUGGAAACCCCCUUAAAUAACUUCUCUGUAGCACAGUGCCAGCUGAUGAAGACGGAGCGUCCCAAGGCCAACACAUUUAUCAUCCGCUGCCUGCAGUGGACCACUGUCAUCGAGCGCACCUUCCACGUGGAGACCCCUGAGGAGAGGGAAGAAUGGACCAAAGCCAUCCAGGCAGUUGCUGAAGGCCUCCAGAAACAAGAAGAAGAGAUGAUGGAUUCCUCUCCAGACCCCAUGGACAUGGAGGUCUACCUGACCAAACCCAGACAGAAAGUGACUAUGCACGACUUUGAAUACCUCAAACUCCUGGGAAAAGGCACUUUUGGCAAAGUUAUUCUGGUAAAGGAGAAGGCCACAGGACGCUACUAUGCCAUGAAGAUCCUAAAGAAGGAGGUGAUCGUAGCAAAAGAUGAAGUUGCGCACACGCUGACGGAAAACAGAGUCCUCCAGAAUUCAAAGCAUCCGUUCUUAACAGGCCUGAAGUACUCCUUCCAGACACACGACCGUCUGUGUUUUGUCAUGGAGUAUGCAAACGGUGGCGAGCUUUUCUUCCAUCUGUCACGAGAUCGGGUAUUCUCAGAGGAACGGGCUCGGUUCUAUGGCGCAGAGAUUGUUUCAGCGCUGGACUACCUGCACGCCGAGAGAAACGUGGUUUAUCGAGAUUUAAAGCUGGAAAACCUCAUGCUGGACAAAGACGGACACAUAAAGAUUACAGACUUUGGCCUGUGUAAGGAGGGAAUCAAAGACGGUGCAACCAUGAAAACCUUCUGUGGGACACCGGAGUACCUUGCACCCGAGGUUUUAGAAGACAACGACUACGGCCGCGCCGUGGACUGGUGGGGUCUUGGUGUGGUCAUGUACGAGAUGAUGUGCGGCAGACUCCCCUUCUACAACCAGGACCAUGAGAAACUGUUCGAGCUCAUCCUCAUGGAAGACAUCCGUUUCCCUCGCACUCUGGGUCCUGAAGCGCGUUCCCUGCUCUCUGGUCUCCUGAAGAAAGACCCAAUGCAACGGUUAGGCGGAGGGCCGAAUGAUGCAAAAGAAAUCAUGCAGCACAAGUUCUUUGCUGGUAUUAUUUGGCAGGAUGUCUAUGAGAAGAAGCUGGUCCCACCAUUUAAGCCGCAAGUUACCUCAGAGACGGAUACACGAUAUUUUGACGAAGAGUUCACGGCACAAACCAUCACUAUCACACCACCUGGACAAGAUGACAGUAUGGAGUCCUUUGACAGUGAACGGAGACCCCACUUCCCCCAGUUCUCCUAUUCUGCCAGUGGGACGGCCUAAACUCUCAAGCAUUCCUCUGGUCCCACCAUCUCCACCCGACUGCACUCUCCAAAGGCCGAGGCGUCAGCCGUGUCCUCUCAGUAUUGUCUGCAGGAGCUCCCAUUGGUUGCAACAUUCACAAUCUGCAAAGCUGUGUUUAAUAGGAAGGAGGGGGUGCAAGUAAAAACAAAGAUGCAUGUGUUUGCUCUGUGCAGCUUUUUAAAACUGACCAUGGAGAUAACACUACCUUCCAUUCCUGGCUGGCUUGUACCGAGCAUUUCUACACCAUAACGGAUGGAGCGGGGGAAUAGUUGCACAAAUUAGGGUACUGCUAUAAAUCAAAUAAUCUUAAUAGGUGUUUUUUAUACAUACAAUAAAAUAUCAAACAUUUUAAAAUACAAAAUAGGCAUGCUGUGGACCAAAAACAUCAUGUGAGCAGAGAGUGAGUCUCCUUUUUUUUCUUUUGAGUGGGUGGUAAAUCCAUGUUCUCCCCAAGUCCUUUCAGACAUUUUUUUUUUGUUUCAUAAUUGAAUGUACCGUAUCAAAUAAAGUUGAUUUUCCUGCAUUUGUAUGUGUGGUAACACAUGGCUAAUUUCCCUAAGACUGAAGUUUCCUCAUCUGGAAAAAUGUUAAUUAUUGUUUUUUUUUUAUCACUUUCUGCCCACCCUGAUGCAGUACUGAUAUUAGUCAGUUGUAUUGUCAUGCCACACCAUAAUUGGUCUCACAAAUCAAUUGUGCAAUACAGUCUCGACAUGAGGAAUGGCACACAUGUGGAAAAUGCAGCACGAGUAACCAUUUGACCAUUGGUUGGCCUGCUGUUUGCACAUCACAAAAAACCCACGGUUUCCUGUCCCACGUAGCUUUUUUUUUGUUUUGUUUUUCCCCAGCUCCCCUAAAGUAGGCGCUUCCAGAAGCCGUUUGAUUAUGGAUGCUGUUCUGCAGACACCUCAGUUUCCUUCAGAUCUCUGUGCUCAGAAACUUUUGUCCUCUGGAUUUUUCUUCUAUGUGCAGGACACUAUUGGGUAAUUUCCACCCGGUGCAUAUGCUGCAGCCUCAAUGAGGUCACUUUAACAGAAGGCACUUCUUUAAGAAUACUUUGCAAGCAACUGGGCUUCAGGGAAAACAAAACACAGGCAUCUCUGUUCUGCUACUUUAGGGGAUUUCUAACCCUUCAGGAGCUUCUGAGUUAUUUAUAAAACCAGCAUGGAAUAAAAUGAGUUUUACUCUGCCAAUGAUAUGCACUUUGCUGCCCCAAAAUGAUUGUAUUAGACCCGUAUUUGUAUUUUGUGGUUGGUAAAGACAAAGUUUGCUUUUUUUUAUAUCAAUUAAACACAAUUUGGUUUGUUUGAUUUCUUUCCAUUUAAGGACAGCAGAAGAACUGUCUCUUUGAAAGGCAAACUCUUGCGUUUGAGUUUCCAACAGCACUUCAGUAUUCUUAAGAAACCAGAUAAUCAUUUCUUUCAAAACUGCCUAAAUGAAUGUAAAGAUUUUUAUAUUGUUCUUAAUCGUUUGCAUACUUUUUUUUUUUCUGCUUUUUGAGUCUGUUUCUUACUUACUCCUAUGCCUCUCCCCUUUACUAUCAAAUUCUGAACAAUGGGAAAAUUACUUUUAUAUUUUUUCAUUGAAACUUUUUUGUACCUGCCCCACUUUUUAUUCCCAUGACUGAUGACACCAGCUUUAGUAAACGUAUACACUUUGUACACAGUUUUUACUCAUUUCUUUCAAACUGAUGAAAUAAAAGGUCUUAAAGGUC